AUGGACUCUAUAAUCGCUAACAACCAGAACUUCGCUCCAGUCGUAAAGACUGAGGAAUCACAACAGGAACACAAUUUCAACAGCUGGAUGCUCCAACCCGCAAAGGGCUCCAUAAUGGACAUGCAGCAGCAGCAGCAGCAGGACAUCAAACCAGCACUGAUCCCAUCGAACAACUCCUCCGCCUCACUGGCUUCAUCGUGGUUCGAACCAUUGGAAAAUAUCAUCUCUUCCGCUUCCGCCUCCACUUCUUCCAUCGGUUCUCCAUUGGAUGAAGCGCAAUUCAUGCUGCAAUCAAGCUCAAACGCCGCCGCCGCCGUCGCUUCCUCACUACCUGACUUGUUGGCUCCUUUCAUUAAGAGGGAACAACAGCAGGAUUUAUUCACACCAUUCGAUGAGGAGUUCGAAACUAAACAGACUCAGCAGGAAGAACAACAAUUGCCACAGAAGAAGAGAGUCAAGAGAGCUCCAAGGAAGAGACUCACCGUGGAUCAAAAGCAAGCGCAUAACAAGAUCGAGAAGAAGUAUAGAAUCAAUAUCAAUACAAAGAUUGCCAAAUUGCAACAGAUCAUUCCAUGGGUCUCUAGUGAGAGAACUGCCUUUGAAGUCGCUAAUGCAAAGGCAAAGGCGGCUAAGGAAAACAAUGAUAAUGAAGAGAAUAAUAACAAUUUAACGAAUUUAACGAAUAACAACAACAACAACAAUGAUAAUAUUAUUAAUAACACAUUGCAACAUUUGAAUGUGGGUGGAUGCACUAAACUGAAUAAGAGUAUAAUCUUGGAGAAGGCUGUUGAUUAUAUUCUCUAUUUGCAAAAUAAUGAACGUCUUUAUGAAAUGGAGGUGCAAAGAUUGAAAAAAGAGGUGGAAUCUUUGAAAAAUAAAGAUUAA